GCUGGGACGCUUCGGACACUUGUGCGUCUCUACGAGCAGAGCUGGAGGCGGCCAUUUGGGCCAGCGCCUGGCUGCUGCAAGCGCCCGUGCAUCUGCGCCAGGCCACAGUCAGCUUUCACACUGACAACAUGGACGUGCUCAGAGUAUACAGGGGAGGAUACGUGCAGGGCACCCUCCAACCGGCUCCCACUACGGGCUUCACGGACAUCAUCCCGGCCCCCAAGAAGGUUCCCAAAGGCCUCAAAACCUUCGCGCUCGGGUGGCGUGCUAUUGCCAACGUGCUCUCCCUGGGCCCCCGUGCGUACAAGGCCCACAAAGGGAGCCCCGACAGAUACCAAGGUUUCAAUGCCACUGGCCGAAUGAUGCGGCUCGCGGGCCAAUUCGCACAGAAGCCUUACUUCCUGAUAGGUACCGUGGAGACGCGUCUUCGUCGCACGGGUACCUCCGAGCUAGGCCAGUUCUACCUGUUGCACUCACAGGCCUCCGAC